AUGUUUAGAAACCAAGUGCACAGACUAACAUCUGUGAGAUUCAACUCAUCCACAUCUGCUGGUGAUAUCGAUGCAUUAUUAGAAAGGGUAAAGAAUUUAACAAAAGGUUUUGCAGAAACUAAAAAUUCAAAUCAAAUUAAUAGACCAAAACCAAAUUUAAGAGAAAAAUAUACUAAAAGAUCUAUAAAUCAUGGUGAAAUAACUCAAGCUAUGGAUGAUUUCUCUACAAAUCCAUCAAAUCAAAAUAAAAAUUUCAAUAAUAAUAAUAGAAGACAAUCUUAUCAAAGAAAUAAUUUUAAUUCAAAUAAUCAACAAUCAAAUAGAUUAACUCCAGAUGAAUUUAGAUCACAACAAAGAAAAAGUCUUACUACACCUCCAAGACCUGUAAAUAUAGAUAGACCAACUGAAAGAAUCAUUCGUGGUAGAACUGAAAGACCUGAAAGAUCUGAAAGAUCACCAAGAGUUCAAAGAGCUCCAAGAGAUUUCAAUGGUGAAAGAACUGAUUUCGCAAGAGGUGCUCCAAGAUCAGGUGCUCCAAGAGGUGGUCCAAGAGGUGGUCCAAGAAAUGGUCAAAGAAAUGGUCAAAGAGGUCCUGGUGGUUCAAAAGGUGGUGCAAGAGGUUCAAAGAAUGCUAAAAAUUUCAAACAAAGAAGAUCAACAGGUAAUGAUUUACCAGCUGUUAAUUUAAAUUUACAAAAUGUUGUUGAAGAUUAUAAAUUACAAGUACCAACUUUACAAGAAUUAUUGAAAACUUCACCAUUAUUAUCACAUGAUGAACAUUCAAGAAUUUUGAAAACAAUUCGUUCAUCAUUAAAUCAUAAUUCUGCUUCACAUUUUAAUGCUAAUACAGUUUUUAAAGGUGAUUUACAAAAAAUUGAUUUAUCAAAAUUUGAAUCACAUUUAAAAAAUAAAAAUUUAAAAUUUAAUGCUUCAAUUGUUGCAAAUUCUCUUGAUAAGAAUAAUACUAUUGAUUAUGAAACUAAAUUGAAAAUAUUAGGUCCAUUAAUUGGUGCAGCUUCUGCAAAAGAUUUACCAUCACCAUCAAUUAAUUCAUAG